AUCACGCAAUUUCUGCUGGGACUGCAAAGCUUCCACUACAAGCCGAUAGCUUCCCUACCUCUUCAAUGGCUCGAAACCGGGAAGGAAUGGUAUUGUUGCUCGAUGUUGGUCCAACAAUGCACAAUUUUCUUCCGGAGGUUGAAAAGGUUUGCUCCAUGCUAAUAGAGAAGAAGCUGAUAUAUAACAAAAAUGAUGAAGUUGGGGUUAUUGUGUUUGGAACUGAAGAGACUAAAAAUGAAUUGACAGAGGAGGUGGGUGGAUAUCAGCAUGUUGUGGUUUUACGAGAUAUUAAAGUUGUUGACGGAGAUCUUAUCAAAGCUUUUCAACCUCUCCCACGUGGAACAGUUUCUGGUGAUUAUCUCGAUGCUAUUGUUGUUGGGAUGGAUAUGCUGAUUAAAAAAUAUGGAGAGACAUUCAAAGGAAAGAAACGGCUUUGUCUUAUUACCGAUGCCCUUUGUCCAAUUAAAGAUCCAUUUGAAGGAACUAAAGAAGAUCAAGUGAGUACCAUUGCUAUACAAAUGACUGCACAUGGUAUGAGAAUGGAGAGCAUUAUUGUGCGGGGGGGAUCAAAUGCAGAGGCAGAUAAGAGAAUAAUGGAUGAGAAUGAUAUUCUGUUAAAUGUAUUUCCUAUGAAAACAAGUGCAAAGACAGUGUACGUUGAGAGUGCAACUUCAUUGUUAGGAGCACUUAGAACCCGCAAUAUAUCUCCGGUCACAAUAUUCAGGGGUGAUCUUGAAAUCAGUGCCAAAUUGAAAAUCAAGGUAUGGGUCUAUAAGAAAACAUCAGAGGAGAAGUUUCCUACCCUGAAGAAAUAUUCUGAUAAAGCACCUCCAACUGAUAAAUUUUCCACGCAUGAAGUUAAAGUAGAUUAUGAGUAUAAAAGUGUUGAAGAUCCUAGUAAAGUUGUACCUCCAGAACAAAGAAUUAAAGGUUACCGUUAUGGGCCCCAAGUAGUUCCUAUAUCAGCCGAAGAAUGGGAGGCUGUUAAGUUCAAACCAGAAAAAGGUGUGAAAGUUCUAGGAUUCACUGAUGCUUCAAACAUAAUGCGGCACUAUUACAUGAAAGAUGUUAACUUUUUUAUUGCUGAACCGGGAAAUGCGAGGGCUACUCUUGCAGUUUCAGCAUUAGCGAGAGCAAUGAAGGGUAUGAAUAAGGUUGCAAUUCUACGAUGUGUGUGGAGACAAAAUCAGGGGAAUGUUGUUCUGGGCAUUUUGACACCUAAUGUAUCUGACAGAGGCAACAUUCCUGAUUCAUUUUACUUCAAUGUACUUCCCUUCACCGAGGAUUUCCGGGAAUAUCAUUUCCCAUCUUUCAGCAAUUUCCCCCCAUCAUUGCAGCCAAGUGAGCAACAACAGGAGGCAGCUGAUAACUUAGUACAGAUGCUUGACCUUGCACCACCUGAGAGACAGGAAGCUUUGUUGCCUGACUUUACACCAAAUCCUGUUUUGGAGCGGUUUUACCGUCAUCUUGAGUUAAAGUCAAAGCAUCCAGAUGCAGCUGUGCCUCCUCUUGAUGGAACUCUCAAGAAGAUAACAGAACCUGAUCCUGUACUUUUUUCUGAGAAUAAACCCAAGAUUGAUUCAUUUUGUCGAAGCUUUGAACUCAAGGAAAAUCCAAAGCUUAAAAAAUCAAAUAGGAGAAUAUUGCGAGAGAGACCAUCUUUGUCUGAUGAGGGAGAUGGCUAUGGAAAUGUUUCUGAUGCUCAAGAUGUGACCUCUAUUGAAAGCAAACCUGUUAUUAAAGUUGAAAAGGUGGGGGAUUUGACCCCUGUACAAGAUUUUGAGGCCUUGAUGUCCCGUAGAGACAGUCCACACUGGGUUGGUAAAGCAAUUAAGGAAAUGAGAAAUAAAAUAUUUAACCUAGUGGAGGACUCUUACGAAGGGGAUAAUUACGCUAAAGCACUGGAAUAUUUAGUUGCUCUUCGCAAGGGUUGCUCCCUUGAGCAGGAACCAAAACAGUUCAAUGAUUUCAUGCUUCAUCUGCACAAAUUCUGCAAGGAGAAAUACCUCAGCAGUUUCUUAGAAUUUCUUGCCUCCAAAGAAGUGACAUUGAUAUCCAAGGCAGAAGCCAUUGACAGUGAUUUUACAGAAGAAGCAGCUAAAAACUUCCUGGUGGAAGCGGAGCCACACAAGAACGAGGGCUGAGGACACGGUAAUGAAGUUUGAUUUCUUGUAGCUGUUUUGUUAAUCGCAUGCGUGUAUAUACAUGAAUUUUCGAUGAAUGGAUGGAAUGAAUUUUGGGUUACUGAAAAAUGAUGAACUUGCACAGAUUUAUGAA